AUGCCGCUGCCAGCGCUGGGUUCAUAUGCUGAGUAUCGUCUCUCCCCGCAUCGAUGUGAACUCAGCCGGGGACUCCCUCCCAUGCCUACAGCAGAGCGCGCAGCGGCAGUCCCACCUGGUUGCGCGCGUCGCUUGAGUAGUGGGGCGCGUCGUAGUGGGGAGCGCGGUAGUGGGGUGCCUCAUAGUGGGAAGUUGUGGAUGCCUAAAUGUAAGGCGGUAAAAAAGUCUCGGCAACGAAUCGAGAUUGAUGAAUUUAUUGAAAUUUGUCAGGAAUCUGACAACUUUAUUAAAUCCGCGGAGCAGCAGCUCAUUAUUACAAUGUCCAUGGCGGUUGAUGAGAAGCUCAUUACCGCAUUCGAAUGGCAAAAUAAGUGUCAAAGGUAUAAAAAUAUUUUUAGAAAUUUUUUGCGAAGAUCAUCUUUAACUACUUCUCAAAGAUCUAGAUGUUUGAAUUUAGAUCAAAAAUUAGAAUACUUGCGUUGCCAUUUUGAUGCUCUAAUGAAACGUGGUGCGGGUGUGCAAGUGACUAAUGCUAGAAUGAAAUGGGUGGAUUUUGAUGAAGCAUUCGAUAAUCGUUUGCAAACCAGUGCUAUUAUAAAUUUAGAUUACAAGGAUAUUAACGAGUUCCUUGAUGAUGCCUACGCUUUAUUUAAAUUAAAUAUUGAAAAAGCAUUAAACAAGUAUGGUCCUUUAAAAGUUUAUACUGUGUUGGGUGCGAAAUUUAAAAAAGAUUUAAUUAAUGGUAAAGAAGAACAAUCUGACUUAAAAACUUUUAUCGCGAAAACGGAUGAAAUUUUAUUAACAACCCCGUUAGAUGACUGGUACAAUGUUAAUGUUAAACAAAUAACUUUGAAAAGAAUCGAAGAAUUCCAGGAGAAGGACUCUAACUGGAAACUUGAUUCAAUUCAUAGGUUAGAGGUUAACAUUAACAAAUUUAACCCUAUGCGCGCAAGUUCCUACAUUAAUUUACCAUCUUCUAUUAAUAAAAAACAUGCUUGUGUUAAUAUUAAAAAUAGUGAUAACCAAUGCUUUAAAUGGGCAAUUUUAUCUGCUUUACAUCAAGUUGAAAAGAACGCGGAACGAGUUUCAAAGUAUAAGUCUUAUGAAGGUGAUCUUAAUUUUUUAGGAAUUGAGUUUCCUGUUGCCCUCAAAGAUAUUUCAAAAUUUGAGUCUCAAAACGUUAAUAUUUCAGUUAAUGUCUAUGGUUUGUCGAAAAAGAAAGAAAAUUUUAGUGUCUAUCCUCUACAUCUUACAUCACAAAAGAGAAUAAAUCAUAUUAAUCUUUUACGCAUAGAAGAUCAUUACAUUGAUGAAAGUCUUAGCGCAGAAGAGGAAGAUGAUUUACCAAUCAGAUCUUUUAACUACCACUAUGUCUGGAUAAAAGAUCUAUCCAGAUUGGUUGGAUCACAGCUGUCGAAGAAGAAAAAUAAAAAGUUUAUUUGUGAUCGUUGUCUCCAUUAUUUUAGAGACAAAUUGCAGCUUACAGAACACGAGGAAACAUGCAAAAAAUUAAAUGAUACAAGGAUCAGAUUACCGCAACCAGGUAAAAAUACUGUUGAGUUUAAGAAUUAUCAAAAUAAGGAGCGCGUGCCUUUUAUCAUUUAUGCUGAUUGUGAGAGUCUUUUGAUUCCUGCGGAAGCACCACAAGAAGCAUGCAAUACUGAGGUUUUGCAAAAUCAUAAAACGCUCAGUAUUGGAUAUUAUUUAAAGUGUGGCUUUGAUGACUCAUUGUCCACAUAUAAAGCAUCCCCAAAAGAUGAAGAAGAUCCUGCUAAAUGGUUUUCAAAAGAGUUAAAAAAUUUAGCAGAUAAAGCAGAGCUCAUUUUAAAGAAUUUUAAACCCAUGCAAGCAUUAACCUCACAAGAAUUAGUUGAUUUUAAAAAUGCUAAUACUUGUCAUAUUUGUCAAAAAAAAAUCGUGCAAGGUGAAGUAAAAGUAAGAGACCACAACCAUCUAACAGGGAAGUACCGAGGUGCUGCGCAUCAAAAUUGCAAUGUUAAUUACCAUGAAUCACCGACCAUACCUGUUGUUUUUCAUAACCUUAGCGGUUAUGACGCUCAUUUUAUUAUUAAAGCUAUUGCUACUGAGUUUGAAGGUAGAGUUGAUCUACUUCCUAUAAACAAAGAAAAGUAUAUCAGCUUUACAAAAAAUAUUAAAAAUAGUUUAAUCAAAUUUCGAUUCAUUGAUUCCUUUAAAUUCAUGGCAUCAUCAUUGGACAAGUUAGCGUCCUAUCUCAACGAAUAUAAAAUUGUUAAUUCGGUUUUUUCCAAUUACAGCCACGACAAAAUUCAAUUGUUAACGCGAAAAGGAGUUUUUCCCUAUGAGUACAUUGACUCGAGGGAAAAGCUCGAUGAAACUCAAUUACCGUCAAAAGAAAAUUUUUAUAGCACUUUGAAUGAUUCUAAUAUUUCAGAUAAUGAUUAUGUACAUGCGCAAAAUGUGUGGAGUGAAUUCAACUGUCAAAAUCUUGGUGAUUAUGUGUAUUUGUACAUGCAAACCGAUGUAUUGUUACUCGCGGAUAUUUUUGAAAAUUUCAGGGAUCAGUGUUUACUCGCGUACGGUCUUGAUCCUGCGCAUUAUUGUACAACGCCAGGACUGACAUGGGAUGCCAUGUUAAAGUAUACGAAUAUAAGAUUGGAACUCCUCACAGACAUCGACAUGGUAAUGUUUAUUGAACGCGGAAUAAGAGGUGGUGUAAGUCAAUGCACCAAUCGAUACGCGAAAGCUAAUAAUCCGUACAUGGAGAAAUAUGAUGCAAGUGAGGAGACAUCUUAUAUCGUAUACUUUGAUGCAAACAACCUAUAUGGUUGGGCCAUGAUUCAGUCGCUUCCCUUUGGUGGCUUCGAGUGGGUAGAAAAUGUUGACAAUAAUUUUGAUUUUAAUGUUGCAGAUGAUGCACCAAUUGGUUACAUUUUAGAAGUCGACUUAGAUUACCCCGAGGAAUUACAUGAUAAACAUAGUGACUUUCCGUUUUGCCCUGAACGCUCGAAGCCACCAGGGUCCAAAGAGGAGAAGCUCCUAACUACCCUUCUACCGAAGAGAAAGCACGUUCUCCAUUACCGAGCAUUGAAACAAGCUAUUACCAAUGGCCUUAUUUUAAUUAAAAUUCAUCGCGUUUUAAAAUUUAAUCAAUCCACAUGGUUAAAAAGCUACAUUGAUUUCAAUACCAUGCGAAGAACUAAUGCUAACAAUGAAUUCGAGAAAAACUUAUUUAAACUAAUGAACAAUGCGGUAUUCGGAAAAACAAUGGAGAACGUGCGAAAACAUGUAGACAUUAAACUUGUGACAAAGUGGGAGGGUAGAUAUGGAGCUGAAGCCUUAAUCUCAAAACCUAAUUUCCAUAGCAGGGCCAUUUUCAAUGAAAAUUUGGUUGCUGUGGAACUUAGAAAAGUAGAAGUUCUAAUGAACAAGCCACUAUAUUAUGACAAAACAAACUGUAAGUUAUUGUAUACCGACACCGACAGUCUGAUUUAUGAAAUUAAAUGUUGUGACAUCUUCGCAGACAUGAAAGCAGAUAUCCACAAAUACGACACUUCCGAUUACCCUGUAAAUAACGUUUACGGUAUUCCGCAAGCCAACAAAAAAAUUUUAGGUUUAAUGAAAGAUGAGUGCAGUGGAAAAAUUGUUACUGAAUUUGUUGGCUUGCGGAGCAAAAUGUACAGUGUGCGAGUGGAAGAUCAAGAUUUUAUUAAAAAAGCAAAAGGUGUGAAAUCUGCGGUUGUAAAGAAAACUAUUACCUUUGAUGACUACACAUAUUGUUUACGAAAUGUUAAAAUGCAAUCGCGAACUCAAUAUUGUAUCAGAUCGAAACUUCACAAUGUUCAAACAUUAAAACAAACAAAAAUAGCUUUAAGUCCUUACGACGAUAAAAGAUUUCUGUUAUCCAAUAGUACCGAUACCCUUGCAUGGGGACAUUGUAAAAUUACACAAAUUAAUGAUGAAGCUAUGGAAUU